AUGCCUGUAAAUCCUAUAUCUUCCACUCCAUCCCCGCGUUCAAGCUCAAGUCCAAGCUAUAUCCUUUAUACUUGGCGUCGUUUCCAGCCCUGGUGGUCAACCUCCAAUCAAUAUACCCAACUCCCACAGCAUCCAGGACCCCAAACACCACAUUUGGAACCCCCAGCCACAAUGUCCCGCUUCAAAGCUCAAUGGCGCACAUACUGGUUCGCAUUAAUCCUCUGCUGCGGCGGCGCUCUCUUUGGCUACGACUCCGGCGUAAUAGGCGGAGUCCUAACCUUCCCCUCCUUCGAAUCCUCCUUCGACAUAACGCACUCCCAAAAAACACGCAUAAGCGCCAUCGCCGUCGGAAUCCAACAAGCCGGCGCCCUAGCAGGCUGCUUCCUGAUCUGGCCGGUAACAAACCAGUUCGGGCGGCGGGCCGCAAUGGCAGCGUGCAGCCUAGUAUUCUGCGUGGGCGUGAUCCUUGAAACGAUAAACACGCACUCCCUCGCGACCUUCUACCUUGGCCGCGUGAUCUGCGGGCUAGGCGUUGGCGGCUCGGCAACCAUCAUCCCGAUCUACAUGUCCGAAAUGGCGCCGAAGGAGAUCCGCGGCCGGCUGGGCAGCUGCUACCAGCUCACGUACACGGUUGGGAUCCUUGUUUCGUACUGGAUUGAUUACGGCGUGAAGGGGAUGCAGCCCGGCGCGCGGCAGUGGCAGGUGCCUAUUGGGUUGCAGCUUGUGCCGGGUGCGUUGAUGGGGAUUGGGAUGGGUGGGGUAUGUGAGAGUGUGCGGUGGUUGCUGGGGAAGGGGAGGGAGGAGGAGGCGUGGAGGAGUCUUGUUUGGAUACGGGCUGGGGAGGGGGAGGAUGUGCGAGGUGAAUUUGAGGAUAUGAAGCGUGGGUUGGAGGAGGAGAGACAUGCAACCGCUGGGUUUCGGAUGCGCGAGCUCUGGGAGGGCCCGAAUCUACAUCGGCUGCUUAUUGGCGCUGGGCUGUUUUUGGCGCAGCAGUCGACGGGGUCGACGGCGUUGGCGUAUUUCGGGCCUCAGUUCUUUGCUUUGCUUGUUGGGGAUGGCGAUCGGACUUUGCUGCUGACCGGGAUUUUUGGCGCUAUCAAGGUCGUGGCUUGUUUUGUUUUUGUGGUGUUUUUGUCCGAUCGCUUUGGGAGACGGCCUCUGCUGGGUGGUGGCGCGGCGUUCAUGGCUGUUUGCAUGAUUGCCACUGCCGCUGUGGUCAAGACAUAUCCGCAACCUGGGGAUGGGACGGUGACUUCCUCUGGGGUCGCCACUGUGGCGCUGAUAUAUCUCGAUAUCAUUGCUUAUAACUUCAGCUGGGGGCCAUUGCCGUGGCCGUGUACGAGUGAGAUCUUCCCGACGAGGAUUCGUGAGCCUGGGGUUGCGUUCGGUGUUGGCUCGCAGUGGUUGUUCAAUUUUGUGUGGAGCUUUUCGACGCCGUAUAUCCAGGCUGGUCUUGGAUGGGGCACGUUCUUACUCUUUGGUCUACUGGAUGUUGUGAUCGUUGGAUUUACGUACUUCUGUCUGAAGGAGACAGCUGGCAAAUCUCUUGAGGAGAUCAAUGCGUUGUUUGAGGCUGGUCCGGAUUCUGAACAUGGAAAAGCCAUUGGAUCAGAUGAAGAUGAUUCACAGCCUGUGCAUCAUCAGGAUGCUCAAACUGAUGCCAAGUCGGUACAGUCUAAGCAUCACGCGGCACAUAUUGAGUCGACCGCCGGACGGUUAUGA